AUGGCACCGCCAGAAAAGGCCAGCGGAGGAUGCGGGCUGUUGGUCUGCGGCGGAGCGGUCAUGGACCAUGUGGUCCGGCCCUUCGACAGCAAGCAGCACGGAGCGUCUUUCACUUCGAUGCCUGGCGAGGCGCGAGUCUCGCCUGGGGGCGUGGGCCGAAACAUUGCAGAGGUGGCCUCUCGUUUGGGGAGCCCAGUUGCGCUGCUGGGAGCUGUGGGCGACGACGCGCCGGGGCGGGCCCUGCUGCAUGGCUGCGGCGAGAGGGGCAUCGAUGUGCAGGCUCUGGAGGUCCUGGAAGAUUCGCGCACUGCCACCUACACCGCACUGUUGGACGGGAAGGGCGAGCUCGUCGGCGCUGUGGCGGCGUAUUCAGCUCGCCGCCAACGCAUGCUGAAGAGGCCGUCUUACGAUCGGCCGACCGGAAAGAACGCGCAAGUGAACUUUUUGAAUUGCCCCACAGAUGGAGGUCCUGAGCAUGCCAGAAGUGACAGAGCUGGGCCGAUGCGUGGCUCUAUCAAAAGAUGUCGAAAACCUCAGCAGCUGAUGAACCUGAUCGAUGAAGCAGUGACGAAAAACAUGCUGGAGCCCAGCAUCUUCGGUGCGGUAGAGAUCGAUGUGAUAUCAGAUGCCGAAGUCUUGAACUCAUUUUUCAGCAGUGCGCUGAAGCUUGCCACAUGCCUUCGUUCAGAGGCAGCCCGCGCAUGGGCUCUUGGACUGUGGGAUCGGGCACGAGCCCUAUCUUUUUCAAUUAGUGGCAUCACAUACAGCACAUACAUACAGUUUUUAGAGCAGUACCGGCUCUACGAUCAGGUGGAUGCGCUCUUGGAAGAUGCUGAGAUGUCACAAGCCUUGAACUAUAUAGUGUUGUCUGGCCUGCUCGAGCAGGUUUCUUUCCGCAAAGACUGGGAACGGGCGGAGAUCCUGUGGACAAACUGCACGGCGAAGGGCGUCAUGCCAAAUCUGAUCUGUGUGCUUGCUCGAGCAAAAGUGCAUCUACUGGCAGGAAGACCUACUGCCGUGUUAGAGAUACUGCAAAGCGGAAUGGAUCUAUGCGGGUCGUGCUUUGAAGAGAACGGGCGGCUUGUCCAAGAAUAUGCACAGUCCUUGCUCAUUGCUUCACACUCGUCCUUAGAUCCACAAGUUUUGCGCCACCUUCGUGAAUUUCUUGAUGACGGACAUUUCUCAAUCGAAAAGAAGACGUCGUUUUCGAUGAGAAACGGAUUGAAGCAGAUGAAGGCCUUGGCCGAGAUGUUGCUUUCCAGCCCCAAUGACUUGCGGCUUCAUGAUCUGCUAGUCGAGUGGAAAGCCAAAGAGAUGAGCGUAAUGGCCAAGUGGGACAACUUCCGAGCUGGCACAAAGUACCUGGACGACUGA